AUGGCGAGUAUAGGUCCAGCAAGCUUCCACCCCGGCAUGCAGCAACAUCCGGGUGUCCAUCCCGGCCAUCCCAUGGCCCCGGGCAUGGCGCACAAUCCAAGUCAACCGGGCGCCCAGCAAGGCAUGCCUCCUCAGAUGGCCGCUCAUAUGGCCGUUUCCGGCCCGGGUGGACAGGUCAAUCCCGCCGCCAUGAUGGGAGGCAUGCCUCCUGGCGCCGGCGGUCCCAAUGCGCACGCGAUGCAGCACAUCAGCCCACAGAUGUUCCAGCAGCAGCAGCAGCAGCAGCAGCAUCAACAACAGCAGCAACAGCAGCAACAGCAACAGCAACAGCAACAACAACAACAACAACAACAACAACAACAACAACAACAACAACAACAGCAGCAGCAGCAGCAGCAGCAGUAUGCGAUGCAAAAUAACGGUAUGCUUGCAAUGCGCCAGCAACAGAUCCUUCAGCAACAGCAAAGGCAUGCCAUGAUGCAGCAGCAGAUGUAUGGCGGUGUACCUAUGAACAUGCAGGGCAUAAACGCAGCACAAUAUCAGGCUAUGAGGCAGAGCCAGAAUGCCAACACGAUGCAACGCGCCGGUCUACCCCAGCAUCUCCAGGCUCAAGCACACCUUGCUCAACAGGGACAACAUCCGAAUCACAAUCCCCAGCACGCUCAGAUGCUAGCUCACCAGCUCGCACUGCAGCAGCAAGCUCAACAGGCAGCCAACAAUCAGAUGCACCAAGGCUCCCAACCCGGCCAUCCCAGCCAGAUGACGCCACAGCAGCUCCAAAGUCUGCAGCAAGCCCAAUUGGUACAGUUGGCUCAACAGCAGAUGCCACAAGCAGCCCAAAACCAGCAGCCCCAGCAGCAACCUCAACCGCAACCGCAAUCUCAGCCUCAGGCUCAGGCUCAAACCCAACCCCAGCAGCAGCAACAACAAAGUCAACAACCGCAGCAGACAAGCCAAGGUCCUCAGAGAGCACCGACGCCCGCCGGUGGUAGCCAGUCGAACCAGCCGCAUAGCGGAGGCCCGAGUCCUGCACAGCCUAACCAGCCGCAACCACCACAAGGGCAGCCAGCACAGCCGCAGAACCAACAACAACCGCAGCCUCAGCAACCGAAUCCACAGUUGUUAGCGCAACAGCAGCAUCUCGCCCAGCAGAUGCAAAUGCACCAACAUCACCAACAGCAGCAGCACCAGCAGCACCAGCAGCACCAGAAGAAUGACAACGCCAUGAAGGGGCAUUGUUUCUUGAAGUUGAUGCAGUUUACCGAACACCUGAGCGGGUUCUUGGGUAUAAAGGCCAAGGAUGACCUGGCGUACUGGCAGGCCUUUGUGUCGCAGUUCUUCUCCCCCAAGGGCGUCUUCCGGCUCUCGAUUUUAGACACGGACCCGACCAAGGAGGAACAAGCAACUGAGAAACAGUACGAGAUUACGCAACCUGCGUUGGCAAGAUAUUUCCACACCCAUUUCCAGAGCGGCAUCAAGCAGAUUCAGAUGACGUUCCAGAAAGGCACUAUAGACAAGCCACUACCGCACGGCUGUCAUUUUAUUGAGAAUCCUAAGGCUAGCUUGAUAUACUGGUUCGACAAUUCUCAUGUCGUCGCAACUGGAAGUCUCCGAGCUCAGUUCGAUAGUGAGCAGAGGUUAGAGCUUUUGGAAUUCGUCACAACAGGCCACGAGGAGUUCGUGUCGAGGAAAAUGGUGAUCAACGCGGCACAACCAGCACACGACUGGGUAAAGGAGUGGAAUAAGCUGAACGGCCAAGAUAACAAGAUGUCUCCCGAGAUACCAAAGAAGGGCAAGGCGAAACCCAUGAAAUCGCCACCGAGUGCGCCUCCUGACCUUGACCUCCCCGAGUCUGCGGUCAAACUCAACAUGGGCAUAACCGAAGAAGUCUUCCAAUUUCUCGAGAUAGUCGAGGUGAUGGGACAGAUGAAUCCCCUAUUCCACUUCGUCCACAACAACCCGGGACUCUCCCCAUAUUCGGCGCUGGACCAGUACGUCAGCACACACAUCACCAACGGCACACAGCAACCAGCAGUCAACGGUCACCAACCUGGUAACGUCCCACAGAACCCGCGAACACCGAGCUUCGGGCAAUUUUCUAUGGGUGCUUCACCAGCUGCAACGCACCUACAGCUGCCGAACUCUCCUCACAUGGGCAGCCCUGCGCAGGGUCAUAUGCAGGCGCCCGGUAUGCAGCUGCAGCAGAGCCAGCAUGGAACAAGCUCGAGUGGCCCGAGCGCAAACACGAGUCCGGCAAGCAACAAGCGUCGACGGCCGUCGACGGUCAAGGCGGAAGAGGAGGCGAAUGGCGCACCGACGCCAGCGAGCAUGGGCGGCCCCCAGGUCAACGGCAUGGCCAUGGCCAACAAGAAGCCCCAGACGCCCCGCAUGCAAAAACGGCAAAAAGGAAACCCUGCAUAG